AUGUUCCGCGCCCAGGCCAACCCUAUGGACGAUGCCGGUAAGAGCUUCCCGUUCCCCAUGCUCUAGAGAGUUUCACCGGCCUGCUGCGAGAUGCGAUUCGGAUACUAACGCAAAGCACAGUGGUCAAGGCUACCGAUGAGAAUCUGACCAGCGAGAACUGGGAAUACAUCCUCGAUGUCUGCGAUCGUGUAGCUGCCAACUCCGCCGGACCGCAGCAGGCAAUAUCCUCCCUGAUCAAGCGCCUAGCACACCGAAAUGCGAACGUUCAACUAUAUACCCUCGAACUCGCCAACGCUCUUGCGCAAAACUGCGGGCCAGCCCUUCACCGCGAGCUAGCCUCGAAAGCUUUCACAGACGCGCUGCUCCGAUUAGCAGCAGACCGAAAUACUCAUGCGCAGGUCAAGCAAAAGGUCCUCGAGCGCAUGGCCGCCUGGACGGAGGAGUUCCGCUCUUCGCCUGAAUUGGGCAUCAUGGAGCAAGCGUACCAGAAGCUGAGGCUACAGCAGCCGAGUCUGAUGCCGCCAAGCAAGCCGGUCAAGCGGGAAAUCAGUAGUGACGAUCGAAGGAAAGAGGAAGAGGAGCUUCAAAUGGCUUUGAAACUGAGUGUGCAGGAAAAGGGAACACCUUCGCCUCAGGCUGAGAAGACGGCGAGCAAUGGAGCGGCGCAUCAGCAGGCGCCAGCACAGCCAGCACCUCCACAGGGUACCACCGCGGCGACAGUAAGCAGAGUCCGUGCGCUUUACGAUUUUACGCCUUCAGAGCCAGGAGAACUCGCUUUCCGCAAGAACGAUGUCAUUGCUGUGCUGGAGUCGGUCUACAAAGAUUGGUGGAAGGGAAGCUUGCGAGGACAGACUGGUAUCUUCCCUUUGAACUACGUGGAGAAGCUCCAAGACCCAACCAAAGAGGAGCUUGAGCGCGAUGCGCAAAUGGAGGCAGAGGUGUUCGGCGAAAUCAAGAGCGUGGAGAAGCUGUUGGCGUUACUGAGCACUGGUGGGGAGGCUGGUGGUAGGAGAGGCGAGCGAGAAGAAGAGGAGAUCAGCGAGCUCUACCAACGGACGCUAAGCAUCCGACCGAAGCUGAUAGAGCUGAUCGCGAGGUACUCGCAAAAGAAAGGUGAGUACCAGGUAGUGGUUCUUGUGGCGUCAGGCUAAUGCAUCCAUCAGACGACUUCACGCAGCUGAACGAGAAGUUCAUCAAAGCGAGACGAGAUUAUGAAGCCUUACUAGAGUCUUCCAUGUCGCAAUCUCAAUAUCAGCAGCAAUACCCUGUCCGCGCGCGGCAGCCAGCAUAUCCACCUCAGCAACAACAAGCACCAUAUGGAGCCCCUCCACAAGUUCUAUCGCAAGGAUAUCCUCCACAAGGCCCUCCACCGGCGGGUGAAUAUCCACCGCAACAACAGCCAUUCGCAGCCCAAAGCCAGCAGCAUCUUCCUCCCAUGCAGCAAGACCCGCAGCGGUAUUACUCGCCUGCUCCUUCAGAAGCUCCUCAGCAGCCUGGGUUUUCAAGUCCAUAUCCGCAACAGAACGGACCGCUCUCUAUAGCAAACGGCCCAGCUCCAUUCCACUUCAUUCCUGGUGGAAUCCAGCCGCAGGGUGCGCCGCCUCAAUGUGAAAUCCGAAGGAAGCCCAGUCCUGGUGCACCGUCGACGGAUGGUCCCAACGAUCCCUAUGGUGCUGGACAAGGGUUUCAAGGUCAGAUCCGGCCGAACAGCAUUCACACGCUGAACAGUGGUAUCCCACAAGAAUUGGCAACGAGCGGCUACGAGUCGCCGGUCGACAACAGACAUUCAUAUCCCUCGGCGCAAAUGGUGCUUCCAAUGCAACAGCCUCCGCAACAACAACCGUACGAUGCCUACCCUCCCCAACCACAGCAAGCACCGCCGCCUCCUCAGCCACAACAAGCUCCAUUGCCACAAUCCAGAAGUGAUCGCGAUGGUCUCCCUAGUAGGCAAAGGACACAGAGCUUCGAGUCGCCGUCGAGCAUUUAUUCCCCGCAACCAGAUGGAUCGAGCUCGCAACCUCCGCAGCCGCAACAAGCACAUCCGCCGCAGCCCAGUGCACCUCCGCCUGCUGUGCCAACAAGUCCUGCCCUGCAGCAACAUCAGGCACCCGCACCUUAUCAAGCGUACCAGCCAUACCAGCAACCCCUUCCACAGCAGCAGUAUCCGGGAAGAGUACCUUCGGGUGGGGAAGGCGGUGAUCCAGGCGACUUUUACAGAUGA